CCAAUCACAGCGCACGGGGUUGCGAUCUGCCCGCAUCGAACUCAUUUCUGAAUUGUCGAAAUGACGCCGGCGCCAUUGUGGCACAACUCGGUCGUCCGCCUUCUCCUGCUCGGGACGCUGGACGACGGAAGCUCGCUGCGUGGGCUGCGAGGCCAAACCGAUGUUCUUAAGGCCAUCGUCGAUCAUCUCCGGGCGAUCUGGCGGGCGCAACUCAAGACCGACCAGCGCGGCUACGUCCCACUUGGCAAUGUCUUUCUGCCCUUUGACACGCCGCACGACACGCCGAUCCCGCACACGCCCCGAUUUGUCGACUUUCCACCGCCGCUUACGCACAUUGUCGAUGGCGAGACGCAGCCCAAGCCCUUCCAGGUCAACAUGAUGCCCUUCAUCAUUGGCCAAGCACGGGCUACGUUGCCGCCCGCGUGUCAGCGCUACUUGCCGCUGCUCGAGCGCUGCCGCUACCACGACGAGAACGGAAAGGUCGGGUAUCUUACAAUCCACGAAGGCAUCGUCGAGGCCGACACCUCCCAACGUCGCCCGGGACUCCACGUCGAAGCGCCCUGGUAG